AUGGUAACGCCCUCGUACCAUUCCGUUAAAAUUGAAUCGUGUCCUACAGCGAGUUGGCGAAAGGCAGAUAUUGAAAAGUGGUUGUACGAAAAAGGUGAAACAUACGAAAAACCUAUGAUUAUACCACGUUUAUUAGAAAUUGUGAAGCGGAUCAAACCUAGAUACGAUAAGUACGUCAUUGACGAAUUUGUAAAAAACUAUGACAUUGAAAUACUUCGUUUACCACCAUACCAUUGCGAGCUCAAUCCUAUUGAGCUCGCGUGGUCGUCUGUGAAGAACCAUGUUAAAAUGAACAAUACGACAUUCAAAUUAUCUGAUGUUCAUAAACUGUUAAUUGAUGGCGUUGAACGUGUCACUCCCAAUAUGUGGAAAAACUUUGUCGAGCACACCAUAAAGCAAGAAGACAAAUUUUGGGAAAUCGAUUUUAUUGUUUACGGUGUCAUGGAAAACAUGGGCUCAACUGUUAUGACUAUAACAGGCGAAACUGAUUCUGACUCAGUUUGCACGAAAUAA